AUGGAUUUGACUCCAAGUUUUCUUGUUUGCCUUUUCAUAUUUUCAUCAUCAGCCUUGUUCUUAUUCUUCCGAAGAAGAAACUUCACCCCUGGCAAGCUCCCUCCAGGGCCACCAGGAUGGCCGAUUCUUGGAAACAUGUUCGACCUUGGCACCAUGCCACACCGGACCUUGACCGGCCUGAGAGACAAGUAUGGUGAAGUCAUAUGGCUCAGGUUAGGCACUGUGAACACCAUGGCAAUUCUUUCAGCAAAAGCAGCUGCUGAGUUGUUCAAGAACCACGAUCUCUCCUUUGCUGAGCGCAACAUCACAGAUACCAUGCGCGCCCACGAUUACCACAAAAGCUCCGUAGCUCUAGCCCCGUAUGGUUCAUAUUGGCGUGUGCUAAGGCGCCUAGUUACGGUCGAUAUGUUGGUCAACAAGCGGAUAAAUGAAACAGCUUCUAUACGAAGAAAAUGUGUCGAUAAUAUGCUGCAAUGGAUCGAAGAUGAGGCAUGCAAGGUGAAAGGAGAGUCACAUGGAAAUGGAAUUCAUGUGGCACGUUUUGUGUUUUUGUUGACAUUUAAUUUGCUUGGAAACCUUAUGCUGUCGCGUGAUUUGUUCGAUCCUGAUUCAAAGGAGGGUUCAGAAUUUUUCAUGACCAUGUUGAGCCUAAUGACAUUGUCCGGGCAAGGAAAUAUAGCAGAUUUUUUCCCGUGGCUGCAGUGGCUGGACCCUCAGGGAUUGAAAAGGAAGAUGGAGAAGGAUCUUGGUAAGGCUAUUGAGAUUGCCUCCAAGUUUGUGAAGGAAAGAAUGGAAGAGAAGAAGAUCGGGAAAGAUAAAAGGGAUUUCUUGGAUUUGUUGAUUGAGUUUGAAGGAAAUGGCAAGGACGAACCAGCCAAAUUAUCUGACAAAGACCUGAAUAUCUUCAUCCUGGAAAUAUUUUUGGCUGGUUCAGAAACAACAAGCAGCACCAUAGAAUGGGCAUUUACCGAGCUGCUUUGCAAUCCAGACACCAUGAUCAAGGCCAAAGCAGAACUUACUCGGGUGGUCGGGCCAAAUAGAAAGGUGGAAGAGAAUGACAUCGAAAAUCUUCAUUACUUGAACGCAGUAAUAAAAGAAACAUUUCGGUUACAUCCUCCAAUUCCAUUCCUUAUCCCAAGAAGGGCAAUCCAAGACACCAACUUUAUGGGGUAUCACAUACCCAAAAACACACAAGUUUUUGUAAAUGCUUGGGCAAUUGGAAGGGAUCCGGAAGUGUGGGUUGACCCUUUAUCCUUCAAGCCUGACAGGUUUAUUGGAUCUAAAAUCGAAUACAAGGGGAAUCAUUAUGAGCUAAUUCCUUUUGGAGCAGGAAGAAGAAUGUGUGCAGGUGUGGCACUAGCUGAUAGAGUUCUUCACCUUGUUUUAGGCUCAUUGCUUCACCACUUUGAUUGGGAACUUGGAGGCAAUGUGACCAAGGAGACAAUUGACAUGAAAGACAUAUUGGGUGUAACAAUGAGAAAGCUGGAGCCAUUACUAGCAGUUCCUAAAAAGCCUCGGACAUCCGCAGACUAGAGUAAAGCAAGUCAAUUUGAAACUUUAUGUAAGUUUAUUUUAUAAUAAUAUUAAAGCAUCUGAUGAAUAGUUUAUGUUACGUUUUUUUUUAUGAUUAGCAAAAUUGACAACAAAGGGUUGAUGAAAGGGCACUUGUCAAGACUCAGGAUCUCUGAAGGAAACUUCACCCAGGAUCACCAUUUCUUGCAUGGAAAUUGUGCCAAGCAGAUUUUUCAUUCAAUGUCUCGUACUGCAAAUUUCAUUAUAUUAUUUGGAUUUGGGACAAAAUUUAAUUUGAUCAAAUUUUAGGGUGAUUUCAAGAGAGACAGACUUCUGGUUUGUUUGAUGCUGAUUCAGUUUCCUUCGAACACCAGUGUUCCUGACUAUAAUUAAUUACAGUUAAUAAUCUUUUAAUUAGUCCUUGAAGCCAACGUGUAAUUAAAUUUGGCUGUCUUA